AGCGCUUCGGUCCCGGUCUCGUCCCGCCAUGGCUGCCUUUGGCUCCCUGGGCGGCGGCCCCAAGAAGGAGGAGAAGGGCAAGAACAUCCAAGUGGUGGUGCGGUGCAGGCCUUUUAAUGCCUCUGAACUUAAAGCAAGCUCCUAUGCUGUCAUAGACUGUGAUCAAGCGAGAAAGGAAGUCAGUGUCCGCACUGGAGGCGUGACAGAUAAAUUAUCAAGGAAGACUUACACGUUUGAUAUGGUGUUUGGUGCUCAGGCAAAGCAGAUUGAUGUGUACCGCAGUGUUGUGUGUCCCAUUUUGGAUGAAGUUAUUAUGGGCUACAACUGUACAGUGUUUGCCUAUGGCCAAACUGGUACUGGUAAGACCUUCACAAUGGAAGGGGAGCGGUCACCCAAUGAAGAAUACACUUGGGAAGAGGAUCCACUAGCAGGUAUCAUACCCCGUACAUUGCAUCAAAUAUUUGAAAAACUCACAGAGAAUGGUACGGAAUUUUCAGUGAAAGUCUCUCUUUUGGAAAUCUAUAAUGAGGAGCUUUUUGAUCUUCUGAAUCCUACUCCUGAUGUCGGAGAAAGACUGCAGAUGUUUGAUGAUCCUCGAAACAAGAGGGGUGUAAUUAUUAAAGGCUUGGAGGAAGUAACUGUACACAACAAAAAUCAAGUUUACCAAAUCUUGGAAAGGGGUGCAGCCAAAAGAACAACUGCAGCUACUUACAUGAACGCAUAUUCCAGCCGUUCCCACUCUGUGUUUUCAAUUACCAUCCAUAUGAAAGAAACAACAAUAGAUGGAGAAGAGCUUGUUAAAAUUGGAAAGCUAAAUUUGGUUGAUCUUGCAGGAAGUGAAAAUAUUGGUCGAUCUGGGGCCGUUGACAAAAGAGCUCGUGAAGCUGGAAAUAUCAACCAGUCUCUGCUGACACUAGGAAGAGUUAUUACUGCUCUAGUGGAAAGAGCCCCUCAUAUUCCAUACAGGGAAUCUAAACUCACAAGAAUCCUUCAAGACUCUCUUGGAGGACGGACAAAAACAUCAAUAAUUGCCACAAUUUCGCCUGCAUCUAUAAAUCUUGAGGAAACAUUGAGUACACUGGAAUAUGCCCAUAGAGCAAAGAACAUAAUGAACAAGCCUGAAGUUAAUCAGAAGCUAACAAAAAAAGCUCUUAUUAAGGAAUACACUGAAGAGAUUGAGCGUCUGAAGCGAGACCUUGCUGCUGCUCGAGAGAAAAAUGGAGUCUAUAUUUCUGUUGAAAACUAUGAAGCCCUUAAUGGAAAGCUGACGGUUCAGGAAGAACAAAUUGCAGAGUAUAUUGACAAAAUCAGUGUCAUGGAGGAAGAAGUGAAAAGGGUCACUGAACUGUUCAGAGUCAGUAAAAAUGAACUUGAGCAGUGUAAAACAGACUUGCAAAUCAAGGAGAAAGAACUGGAAGAAACACAAAAAGAUCUGCAAGAAACCAAAGUUCAACUGGCUGAAGAAGAAUAUGUGGUUUCAGUUUUGGAAAAUACUGAACAAAAGCUUCAUGGCACAGCUAGCAAGUUACUAAGUACAGUUGAAGAAACUACAAGAGAUGUGUCUGGGCUCCAUGCCAAACUGGACCGUAAGAAGGCUGUUGAUCUGCACAAUGCUGCUGUCCAAAAUACAUUUGCAGGACAAAUGAAUGCAUUGUUCAGCAAAAUACAAGAUUCAAUUACUGAAAACAGUUUGAAGCAGCAACAGAUGUUGACAUCUUACACAAAUUUUAUAGGUGAACUCCUGUCUACCAGUACUUCUACAGCAGAUACUCUUGCAUCAGUUGUAUCAGCAUCUUUUGCCUCUCUUAAAGAAUUGGUGUCUACUGAAGUUUCUCACAUGUCUGAAAAAAUAACCCAGCAUGAGAAUCUAUCACUUGAUUGUAAAGCGGAGCUGCUGAGAUUAAUUGAGGAGCAUCAAACUGGAUUAGGAAGAGCAGUAAAUACCUUGACACCAGUGGUAGAAUUUAUUUUGGGGUUAAACUGUCAGUUCCAGAGUAACAUUAAGAAAUAUUCUGCUGUGACUAACCAGAUGGAGGACCAUAAAAAGGAAAUGGAUGCCUUCUUUGGAGAUCUUUUUCUCACUCUGAAAAAAAUACAGGAAGAAACAGCCAGUGGCUUUGCUCAGCUCCAGCAAAAUUGUGACAGUUUAAAAGAAGAAGUGGAAAUGAUGAGGUUGGCACAUAGAAAGAGUGCAGCUGAACUGAUGUCUUCACUGCAAAGCCAGCUUGACCUGUUUGCUGAGCAGACUGAGAAGAACUUAACUGAUGUACUCACAAAAAAUGGAAGCCUGAAGACCACCAUUACUGCUGUGCAAGAAAAUGUUCACCUGAAAACUACAGACCUAGUCAGCAGUACUAAUUCCAGUCACAGCAAAUUUACUGCAUCUCUGGAUAAUUUCUCUCAAGAGCUCAGGAGCAUAAAUGCUGAAAACAAGACAAUGCUGGAAGAAUCCAAUGACCACUGUCAACACCUUCUCAGCAAUCUCAAAAAUGUGUCUCAGGAUACCAAUGCAUGGGGUGAAUUUACAACUGCUCAGAUGGUCAACUUUACUAAUCAGCAGCUAUUGUCAUUCAGGGAUGAGAAACAGCAGUUUCAGUAUUUACAAAAGAAAAAUGAAGAAAACUGUGAUAAAUCAAGAGCUGAAAUUGCUGACUACAUUGGCAGACAAAAAGCUGCUGAGGGGAAGGUGCUAAACAGCCUUCUGGAUCAGAUAAAGGUGGAUCAGGAGAUACUUGUGGAGCAGAAGCAGGCACUUAAGGAGGAAGUACAGCAUGGACUAACUCAGGUUAAUGGUUUCCUGCAAGAGGAUCUCAAAGUGGAUGUUCCAACAGGGACAACUCCACAGAGAAAAGACUACUUCUAUCCAGUCACACUUGUGAGAACAGAGCCCCGGGAACUACUUCUGGAGCAAUUAAGGCAAAAGCAACCAAUUUUUGAUGCUGUGGUAAAGGAGGUGGAGGAUAAUGCAGGUCAGGACCUGUUGGAAGAGGAAGGAGAGUUGCAAGAACCCAGGGAAAACCUUGCUUGUGACAAUUUCUUAAUGGAUACAAAUGUAUAUUGCCACACAAAUGGUGGUAUUCCUUUUUUCCAGCACAAAAGAAGUCUCAAAAAGGGUAAAGAGAACAAAUCUACAGCUCCAGUGGAGAACAAAAUGGAGGAUAUGACAGAAGAGUUUCUUCAGAAAUCUAAGCAUCCUUUAAGAUUGCUGAACUAAGAUACAGCCUCUUCAGAUCUGUUUUUAAAUAUUUCUAUCUUACUGUCUUACUGAGCCAUAACUUUUUUUCGUUAUUCUCAGUGUCCCUAUAUAGUGAUGCAAAAUUGAAUCAAAAUAUUUCCCUGCUCAAUCUCAUGCCGUAGUCCUAUUUUUAUAUGUUGCAGCUUGCAAAGUUUUAAGAAAAAAAAACCCUGCAGAUUAUGGUGCUGUUAUGUUAAAUAUAUAUGUAUGUUGUCAAGUAAGAAAUUUUCUGUUUCUCGGUAGAUCUAAGAUACCAGAAAGGAAUGUGGAAAUAUG